AACACUCCUGUGUCAGCAUCUCUCAGCAUGCAGUGUUGGGAACUGCACAGAGGAGACGAUGAGCAGUGCAUGAGAGCUGAUAUUUUGAUGGUGGUUUAAAUAGAUUCUGAUGGACAGCUCUGUCUGCUGUUUGGUUUCUUCACUAGCCUUGGAGAUGCAGAGACGCAGAGAUGGCCGAGCUUAUUCUUUGUAAGACAGGAAAUACUGUCUUUUAGGGGUUUCUAGAAAUAGAAAGGUCAUGCAGCCUGGAAGCUGUGAGCACUUACAAUCUCUAAGUCAUCAGAGAAAUGAUGAAGAAGCAGUUGUGGAUAGAGGUGGAACACGUUCUAUACUCAAAACGCAUUUUGAGAAAGAAGAUCUAGAAGGUCAUCGAACAUUAUUUAUUGGAGUUCAUGUACCUCUGGGUGGAAGAAAAAGCCAUCGUCGUCACAGGCAUCGUGGUCAUAAGCACAGAAAGAGGGACAGAGAGAGAGAUUCGGGACUAGAGGAUGGACGAGAGUCACCUUCUUUUGAUACCCCAUCACAGCGGGUACAGUUUAUUCUUGGAACUGAGGAUGAUGACGAGGAGCACAUUCCUCAUGACCUUUUCACAGAGCUGGAUGAAAUUUGCUGGCGUGAAGGGGAAGAUGCCGAAUGGCGAGAAACAGCCAGGUGGUUGAAGUUUGAAGAAGAUGUGGAAGAUGGAGGAGAGAGGUGGAGCAAGCCCUAUGUGGCUACACUUUCAUUGCACAGCUUGUUUGAGCUGAGAAGCUGUGUUCUGAAUGGAACCGUGCUACUGGACAUGCAUGCCAAUACUUUAGAAGAAAUUGCAGAUAUGGUUCUUGACCAGCAAGUAAGCUCAGGCCAACUGAAUGAAGACGUACGCCACAGAGUUCACGAAGCACUGAUGAAGCAGCAUCACCACCAGAACCAGAAAAAACUCACCAACAGAAUUCCUAUCGUCCGGUCUUUUGCUGAUAUCGGCAAGAAACAAUCAGAACCAAAUUCCAUGGAUAAAAAUGCAGGUCAGGUUGUUUCUCCUCAGUCUGCUCCAGCCUGUGCUGAGAACAAAAAUGAUGUUAGCAGGGAAAACAGCACUGUUGACUUUAGCAAGGGACUGGGAGGCCAUCAAAAGGGGCAUACUAGUCCAUGUGGGAUGAAACAAAGGCAUGACAAAGGACCUCCACACCAGCAAGACAGAGAGGUUGAUCUGCAUUUUAUGAAGAAGAUUCCUCCCGGUGCUGAGGCUUCAAACAUCAUGGUGGGAGAGCUGGAGUUCCUAGAGAGAACUGUAGUCGCCUUUGUCAGGUUGUCUCCAGCUGUCUUGCUCCAGGGCCUGGCUGAAGUUCCAAUCCCAAGCAGAUUUCUGUUCAUUCUACUGGGACCCCUGGGAAAGGGUCAACAAUACCAUGAGAUCGGCAGAUCGAUUGCAACCCUAAUGACUGAUGAGGUAUUUCAUGAUGUUGCUUACAAAGCUAAAGACCGCAAUGACUUGGUGUCAGGGAUUGAUGAGUUUCUGGACCAGGUCACAGUUCUCCCUCCUGGAGAAUGGGACCCAAGUAUCCGGAUAGAACCUCCAAAAAAUGUUCCUUCCCAGGAGAAGAGGAAGAUUCCUGCUGUACCAAAUGGAACAGCAGCUCAUGGUGAAGCUGAGCCACAUGGAGGACAUAGCGGACCUGAGCUCCAGAGAACCGGAAGGAUUUUUGGGGGCCUUAUAUUAGAUAUCAAAAGGAAAGCUCCAUUCUUCUGGAGUGACUUCAGAGAUGCUUUCAGCCUGCAAUGUUUAGCAUCUUUCCUGUUUCUCUACUGUGCGUGCAUGUCUCCUGUCAUCACAUUUGGAGGACUGCUGGGAGAAGCAACUGAAGGGCGCAUAAGUGCAAUCGAAUCACUCUUUGGAGCAUCUAUGACAGGGAUAGCCUAUUCUCUUUUCGGUGGACAACCCCUUACCAUAUUAGGCAGUACAGGACCUGUUUUGGUAUUCGAAAAGAUUUUGUUUAAAUUUUGCAAAGAAUAUGGGCUGUCAUACUUGUCUUUACGGGCCAGUAUUGGGCUUUGGACUGCGACCCUGUGUAUCAUCCUUGUGGCCACUGAUGCGAGUUCCCUUGUCUGCUAUAUCACCCGCUUUACUGAAGAAGCUUUUGCUUCACUUAUUUGCAUCAUUUUUAUCUACGAAGCCCUGGAGAAGUUGUUUGAACUCAGUGAGGCCUAUCCAAUCAAUAUGCACAAUGAUUUGGAACUGCUGACACAGUACUCAUGUAACUGUGUGGAGCCACAUAGUCCCAGCAAUGACACACUGAAGGAAUGGAGGGAGUCCAACAUUUCUGCCUCUGACAUCAUUUGGGGGAAUCUAAGCGUGUCAGAGUGCAGAUCGCUGCAUGGGGAGUACGUUGGGCGAGCCUGUGGCCAUGGCCACCCCUACGUGCCAGAUGUUCUCUUUUGGUCGGUGAUCCUGUUCUUCUCCACAGUUACCAUGUCAGCCACCCUGAAGCAGUUCAAGACGAGCCGAUAUUUCCCAACCAAGGUUCGAUCCAUAGUGAGUGAUUUUGCAGUUUUUCUUACAAUUCUGUGUAUGGUUUUAAUUGACUAUGCCAUUGGGAUUCCAUCGCCAAAACUACAAGUACCAAGUGUUUUCAAGCCUACAAGAGACGACCGUGGCUGGUUUGUGACACCGUUAGGUCCAAACCCAUGGUGGACAAUUGUAGCUGCUAUUAUCCCAGCUCUGCUUUGUACAAUUCUAAUUUUCAUGGACCAACAGAUUACAGCUGUCAUCAUAAACAGAAAAGAGCAUAAGCUAAAGAAAGGUUGUGGCUAUCACCUGGAUCUGUUAAUGGUGGCCGUCAUGCUGGGGGUAUGCUCCAUUAUGGGACUUCCAUGGUUUGUGGCUGCCACAGUCCUCUCCAUCACUCAUGUCAACAGCCUGAAGCUGGAGUCAGAAUGUUCCGCUCCAGGAGAACAACCCAAAUUUCUCGGCAUCAGAGAACAGCGGGUGACUGGGCUCAUGAUUUUUAUUCUUAUGGGUUCAUCAGUUUUUAUGACCAGUGUUCUGAAGUUUAUCCCCAUGCCUGUGUUAUAUGGAGUGUUUCUUUACAUGGGUGCUUCAUCUCUAAAAGGAAUUCAGUUAUUUGAUAGAAUAAAGCUCUUCUGGAUGCCAGCCAAACAUCAACCAGAUUUUAUAUAUCUAAGGCAUGUACCACUCCGGAAAGUCCAUCUUUUCACAAUUAUUCAGAUGAGUUGUCUUGGCCUUUUGUGGAUAAUCAAAGUUUCAAGAGCUGCUAUUGUCUUCCCUAUGAUGGUAUUAGCCCUGGUAUUUGUGAGAAAGUUGAUGGACUUCUUGUUUACCAAACGGGAACUCAGCUGGCUUGAUGAUUUAAUGCCUGAGAGCAAGAAAAAGAAACUUGAAGAUGCUGAAAAAGAAGAAGAACAAAGUAUGCUAGCCAUGGAAGAUGAGGGCACAGUACAACUCCCACUGGAGGGACACUACAGAGAUGACCCAUCCGUGAUCAAUAUUUCUGAUGAAAUGUCAAAGACUACCAUGUGGGGGAACCUUCUGGUUACUGCUGACAACUCAAAAGAUAAGGAGUCACGCUUUCCUUCCAAAAGCAUUGAAAGCCGAAAAGAGAAGAAAGCUGACUCAGGGAAAGGUGUUGACAGGGAGACUUGUCUAUGACUUGAUCUUCAAUUUAUUUUUUACAUAUAUAUGAGAAGAGUGUCACAAUUAUUAAUAAAACUGCUUUGAUCAUGUAUUGUAAAUCCUGUCUCCCAUCCCAAAUUCACCUUCAUACUGUAAGUAGUGCAAUGCUUGUUCCAUUUUUGUUUAACCUCUGAGCAGUGGAACCCCCUUGUGAGCAGAUACAAUAGCUAAGGCAAGAGUCCCCCGUGUUACUCCUGUGAGAUGCUCACCAAGACUGCGUUCUCACCAUCAGCAUUAUGAGGGCAAUGCUUUCUUAAAAAGAAAAAGAAGUCCUGUUAACCUAGUUUGUAUUUUCCUACCUUAGUAACCUGAAGAUAUCUGAUCAUUUUAUUCAGAAGAAUUUUGAAGAUAGUCUUACUUUUCAUUUUCUAUGCCCAAAUCAAAGGGUUACUUAGAAAGCAUUUUAAACAAUUGUAUUUAUGUAUUUCCUGACUUAAUAUGAUGCAUUUAAUAUUUGAUAUCUAACUGAUACUUCAAGUUAUGUGAGAAAGAAACUUGUUCAUACCUUCUAAAAAGUCAUACUGCAACAGAGUCCUGUAGUGUUUGCUUAGAACUCAUGCUGUAACCAUGUGGUCAAGUACUUGGCUUCUGUGAAAUGCUUUAGAGAUAUCUGAAGAGUUCUCGUGAGAUUUUUUUUCAUUUUAAGUCUUUACCAGAAAUGUGCUAUUGAAUUUCUCUCCUGUUGCCAACGGUUACUUCCCAAAUACACCUAUGAAAUGCCAUCCCUGUACAGCUGUUCUGCUGAUGAUGGUCACGUACUGCUUAGUAGUGGUCCCUAUCAUGUUGUCAUGUUAGACCAACAAACAGUCUCCAAUUGUAAUUGUUUUUGCAAAGUUCUUUUCCACAUUUUAAUUAACUGCAUGUUGUGGAAAACUCUGAACUAAAAUUCAGACUCUGUUAGAGGUAAUGUAAAUAUUUCAGUCCAUAUGAAACAAUCCAACUUUACUAAGCUUAUUGAAACAGGAAGGAGGUGAUGGAUUUUUUAGUAUUACUAAAUAUAUACAUUUCAUUUAAUUUUAAAUGAAUGUGAGCUAAUAAAACUGAAAUCUCAUAGGAUUCUUAGUUCCUAAGGAUUAUCAAUAAUUGACAGCCUUAUAAUCUUUCCAUGUCCAAAUUUAGAAAAAUUCAGAGCCCUGUGGCUUUUAUAAACUAUAUGUACUCCAUGUAAAUGCACAUAAUUGGACAAAUCUCUCUGUUACUAGUGACGGUGAAAAACAGCAAAGUCUACCUUAAACUUAACAUUUUGAUAUCUUUUGAAAAAAAAUUCUCAGUCUUUUCAGGAGCCAUUUUUUAAUGAAAUAUGAGCUAAAAUUAUGAGAAGAAUUUGCAUUUAGUAAGGUUUGUAUUUAUAAAUGGUGAAGAAAAAUGCAAAACUAUGUGUUGCAAAUAUGCUGCCUUUGUGUAUGUUGUAACCUGACACUCCAUCUAAACAUGUUCACUGUCUAUGAUUCAGCAAGUCAAUCCCAAAGCAGUCUCCUAAUGUUUCCAUAUAGUACUACCUGUUCUGUUCAAAGUGAUCAGUGAAUUAAAAUCUUCACAUGAUCACUGGCUUGAGCAAGCAAUCAUCCUAUGAAAUUCUGUAUUUCUGAGUAUUUUUAUAGUAAUUUUGUUCUUGUGUGAAUUUUAAUGCUAUCUCUAUCUUAAUCUUAAUAUUUUGAAACCACAUAAAUAUAAGAAAAUGUAGUAUUAUAUAUUUACUCCUAAUUUCAGAUUCCUGGUCAAAAUUACUGAAUAUCUUGAAUGUAAUUUAUUGCAAUGUUUAAGUAAUGUGUAAAUGUGACUAGGAUAUUGUGUUUUUCAAAGCUAAGAAAUGUUAUGUGGAAAUAAAUAUUUAUCCUAACUAA